UCCUCCUCUUCCUUGUCCUCCUGCACCCGCACGGUCACCUCACCCAGCGCGUACGUGCCAUCCGUGACACUCUCAACAGAGAAGUCGUUGAGCUUGAUGCUCUCCAUGCCCGUGGCGCGCUUGAUGGCCACGUAGACAGCGUCAAUCGGACCGGUACCCAUAGCGGCCUCACUCACCUCCUGGCCGUCCUUGUGGGCGAGUGUGACAGUAGCCGUUGGCUUCACGAGGUUGCCUGCAGUGACGUGCACGGACUGCAGCGUCCAGAAAGUCUCGGGCUUGAACAGUUCAUCCGACACAAUCGCCUCCAUGUCGGCGUCCGUGACCGUCUUCUUCUCAUCAGCCAAGACUUUAAACUUCUCGACGUAGUAGUCGAGUUCCUCCGGGGUGAGGUCGGUGUAGCCGAGCUGCUGCAGACGUUUGCUGUACGCGUGACGGCCCGAGUGCUUGCCAAGCACCAUCUUGUUCUCGCUCAGACCAACGGAUUCCGGCAGCAUGAUCUCGUACGUGGCCUGGUGCUUCAGCACACCAUCCUGGUGGAUACCGGACUCGUGAGCGAAGGCGUUCGAUCCCACAAUGGCCUUGUUGGGCUGGAUGGACAUACCAGUGUAGUGGCUCACCAUACGACUGCAACGCGUGAUCUGCGUCGAGUCCACGGUCGUGUAGACAGGGAAGUGCUGAGGACGGGUCUUCAGGGCCAUCACCAGCUCCUCCAGAGCCGUGUUACCGGCACGCUCACCGAUACCGUUGAUGGUAACUUCAACCUGACGCGCGCCACCCUGCACAGCAGCCAGCGUGUUGGCCGUAGCGAGACCCAGAUCAUUGUGGCAGUGCGUGGAGAAGACAGCCUUCUCGCUGCCCUCCGUGUUGUCGAUCAGGUAGCUGAAAAGCGAUCCGUACUCGCCCGGGACCGUGUAGCCGACCGUGUCGGGGAUGUUAAGCGUGGUGGCGCCGGCCUUGAUGACCUCUGCGAGGACCUCGCACAGGAAGUCGGGGUCACUGCGUCCAGCAUCCUCCGUGGAGAAUUCGACGUCCGGCGUCAGGCUCUUCGCGAACUUAACGGCGUCCACAGCGCGACGGAUGCAUUCGUCGCGCGAGAUCUUAAGCUUGUACUUAAGGUGGAUGUCCGACGUGGCCAGGAACGUGUGGAUGCGGUGCUUGGGCGCGUGCUUGACGGCGUCGUAGCAGCGCUGGAUGUCCUUCUCCAUGGCACGAGCAAGACCACAGAUGGUCAUGGGCUCGCCCGUAGCGCGAUUCGCCGUGAUGGGGCCGAUCUCCUUGGCAAUGGCCGACACGGCGUCGAAGUCGCCGGGAGACGAGAUAGGAAAGCCUGCCUCGCAAACGUCCACGCCUAGCGUGCUUAGGGCGCGCGCAAUGUCCAACUUUUCCUUGAAGUUAAGCGUAGCACCGGGCGACUGCUCGCCGUCGCGCAGCGUCGUGUCGAAGAGAAUGAGGCGGUCCUUGCCGGCCUCGGGGGCGACUGCGUUCGAGAAGGCACGGCGCGCAUUAGCUCUGGCCGCGGUGGCCGAGCGCUUAACGAUCGUCUGCAUCAUGCUGAAAACAAUGGAGUGGGCAAUGGAUUGAGAGCGAGAGUGUAGGUCACUUGGGCUAAUGAGCUCCUAAAACCAAAAUGCGGAAUGAGCGGAGCCAGAGCCACGUCCGCGGUUGAAGACGGAGGCGUUUGAGCAAUCAGGUCGCCAUAUCAAUGCGCACCACCAGCAUCAGCUAUUUGGCUGACCAAUGGAAUUCGCAUCUGUUUGGCAUUUUGUCCAAUCACGACAAGGUGACGUACAUGUGGUUUUGUGAAAAAGGGGCCCCAUAAAAAUCUCCUGGCGGUCUGUGACGAGCGAAGCUGUCCGGUGCUUGCCUUGCAUCCCGGCGGUAACCACAAGAACGGCGCGCGGUCAAUGUUGUGGACGAAGGAAGGUGGCCGCGUAAACUUCGAGUGCCCGCCUUGAAGAGGCGGCAUUCAGUGUCUUUGGUGAAGAGGACAGCAACAAGGCUUUGAAUAAGAAUUCGCUGGCAAGUUCAACAUAAAGGGAACGUUCCUUGUCGCUCGGCAACGUCGCGGUCGCCAAGACGCAAGAUCACCAAGGCACUGCCUUAAAAAGUGGACGACGCCAUGCGAAUUUUCUGCUUGGAGUUGUCGGCAACUUGGCUGUUGGUUCAACCAACAAGGUUGGCAAAGCGGCCGGCGAUCAAUUCGCCUGCAUCAAUCCGAAUGAUUAGACAAAUGGCCAAUCUCGGAGGUGCUAUCCCUCGCUCUACUGCGACCUCCCUCUGCUUUGGAGUGAGGAUUCGCGAGAUACCUUCAACCUGGCCUUGGGAGGACGAGUAAAAAGCUUCCGCUUUACGCAGUGCGUACUCUGCUUCUACAGAGCGACGGUAUCGGCUACUUACACAUGAACUGUACCAAUGCAAUGGUACAUGAUAUGGAUCGCGCCCCCCCAUUGGAUGAUUCUUCGAAAGCCGUUACUCCACCCUGCACAAUGGCUCGACUUGAAGAGUAAUCGCUAGACGGAGCCCGUCAAACUCAAGAGCACAAGUCCCCUGAACAUGGCGUCUCGGCCGCUGCACUCCAGCAACGGCACCCGCUCCCCUGUCCGACAGAGCAUGGCGCAGCGGUGGCUCAACAUUGUUUCGUCAGCGCCUUCCGCUCCGAAGCCGACGCAUUUCCCUGGGAAGAGAUGGCCCCCUCCGAAAGUUGAAGACCCGCUUCCUGCUCCAGUGAUCGCGACGCCAACACCUAUUAAUACGACGACGACGGAGCCAACGGUGGAAAAGAAAACAUCAGUAUCAGCUUUUCAGAAUGCGCGAGCUGUGUUUGAAGCCAAGAAGUCUAUUACUGCUGCUCCGCCACCGCCACCGGCUCGUCAUCCUAUGACGUUCCCCACCUCACCACCAGCCCCUGUCGUGAAGCAGCAUUCUUCCUCUUCGGAUUUAUCGACCUCUUCAUGUAGCACAGCAGAUUCCGAAGGCAACCACAAGCUGGAAGAAAGCGUGGAAACUGAGCAGGAGCCGAAGCCCUUGUCACCAGUCCGCGCUAUGGUGAAAAGGAUGGAAAAUGAGUCAGUUGCGGCCACACCUCUUAAGCGACAUGCAGUAAAAGCAUCAAUCCACACAACCAAGUUCGUAUCUUCUCCCCCUACUCGAGAUGUCCAAGUUGAUGCACCACGCGACCCAGCAGCGAAUUUGACGACGUCAAAGCAAUUGGCACAAAAUUCGCCCUACUGCAAUGAGAUCGACCCGUUCCGUCUUCUUCUACCUGUCGAAGCCGUUCCAACUCUUCCAGAUGAGGUUAUCCGCGUUUACGACAGUGCUGCAGUCGAUAUGGAGAAGAACAUCAAGAAGGUGGUAAGGAAGCUGCUCAAGAAAGACAAGGCGCGACUGGAGGAAUUUAAGGUCAAUUCCCGGUUAUUUGGGACCGAUUUCAUGGAUGCGCCUGCAUAUCUGGAUACACUCAUCAAGCACUUUGGGUCUAUGCGUGCAUUGCAAUUGGUGCCGUGUUUGCUGAGCGUCCAACCAAGCAUGGUGAAAUGUAAUGCUCUACUUCUUGCCGCCGAAAACUACUUGCUACGAAACGAAGAUGCACUGGAGCGUGAGAUCCACAGUUUGCGAGCAUCAACCUCUCUGACGAUCGCUAUGACUACUGCAGCUACUACUGAUAACGAGGUGACAACCUCGAUUAUUGAACCGGCUGCAUCAAAGGCGUCUCCUGCUGGAGCCUCAUCUAAAGCACUUUCCGCGGGUUUUUCUAGUGAGGCUCUUCAGGUCAACGACAUGGACCAUACCGCCGGUACCAGAGCUCAGAACCACUUCGGUAGUCCUGCUGGUGGUAACACUAUCUUCAAGAGUACUUCUACACUUAUCCAACCACCCGUUCCUGAAGUCGUAUCAGUUCCAACGGCCAUAUCGGUGCAAAACGAACCAGCCACAAUACUCACAGAAGAAACGACUGCGACCAACAAGGAGAUGAAGUUUGCAGAGCCCAUGCCGGAACCCCAAGUGCUGCCACCACCCGCAACGCCGCCUCCACUGAUAAAUAUCACUGUGAGUACUCCAUACCAGACGCCAGUGACAACUCCAACAGUAUCGAAAUUCGUUCCUACCCCAGUUGUGAAGAAUCGCGCUGAUUCUGACACCACAAGUGAGAACGAAGAGGAAUUCCAUGCUGAAAACUUAUUCGGGGAGACCAUCACGCCUAAGUGCUCGCCUCCAAAGCAGCAGCCAAAACUGAAGAACAGUCAUUUGGAUGUCCCUACUACCCCAGCCUCCCCUGCAUCGUCGGUGCACAGCUUCGACGAAGCGGAGAGUUUGUUUGGCGAGCGUUUGUCCUCCUCGUCACGUACCAGCCCGGGCCGACGAAAAACUGUCACGUGGGGAGAGACCCGAACGGUCGAAGUACCUGCUGAUAAGGCCUCUCCAGUGAAGACAAAGAAGAAACCUGCACCGCUACUCUUCGGCCUCGCCACUGCAGCCGCCUUCGAUUCGGACUCGGACGACUCAGACUCUAGCGAUUGAUGUCUCUUCAAGGACUGUCAUGUGUAAAGUGGAACCUGCGUUUCCGUCGAAUAUAAGAGCUGUUGUUGUUUUGUCUUCUACUUGUUGCCUUAAAAACUGAAAAAAAAAUAUGGAUGUACAAGUUGAAGUGAAAUAACC